AUGAUGGUCACUCUAGAGUAUACAUCAUCGUAUCUCUUCACCUUGGGCCAACGUGUACAAAUUCAAAGACUAUUCGAUGACCUCUCUACAGACGAUAUGCUGCUCAUCGUGCAUAUCGAUCGCUUGACCAGAAGGAGUGACGAGUUGAACGAUAUCUGGUCCCAGUUCAAGAACAAGUCAAUCAGGUUGGUUGUACUUCAGAAUCACAUUCAUCUGGCCGAUGGCGUUCACUACAGAGGUGGCAUCUAUGUCAACUUUGAAACCAAUCGAUGGUAUCCUCUUGCCGAUGGAGAGCUCAUUGUCUACAAUGGUUUGGAGUGUACAAGACACAAAAUGCAAUUGAACUCAGUGGUUUGCAAGUUCUACAGCCACACUACAGAUAGUCUUGAUUCACUGCUCAAGUACUACCAGACUCAAAUGAGUUACUCUAUAACUCUGUGCAACGAUCACUCAGUGUACACUCAAAGGUACCAUCAAACCAAGGACAUCUUGAGAAUGCCAGACUGUGUCGACAAUGUAUACAGACCCUUCUUCAAUGACAUGUCCAAUGGAUUGAUUGUGAGUCGGACAUCCGUAUCUAUAGACAACAAGGAUCAAACCUAUAUCAUGCUACAAUCAGACAUUGGAGCCAAAUGA